AUGCAUCUGCGUAUUGUUCAACAACGAUUAGCAUUUAUUCAAACUAAUCUUAUCCGGACAUAUAAACAUCAAACUAAAGUCUUCGGAUAUAAUACUCAAUUAAAAACACUUGGAAAUGUCAAUGAAGUGGAGAAAACACUUUGUGAUUAUAAUCAAGCACGUCAAGCUAAUCCUCAUGUGGCAUUACUUAUUGACGCUUAUCGUAAGCAUGGUCAUCGUCUAGCUAAGAUCGAUCCAUUGGGAAUCAAUGUUAACACAUCAAUUCCGGAAUUGGAUGAGAAAUUAUUUACAGCAGAUUUCCAUCUUGAAAAUGAACAAGAUGCUCGAUCGUUAUUUGGCUUAGCCAAUGGCCAAUCAAUUCCGAAGAAUAAAACUGAUUGGAUUCGACAACUCAAUGAUACCUAUUGUCAAUCAAUAAGCUUAGAAUGUGAAUACAUUGAAAGUGACAUUGAACGUCUUUGGAUUGCUCGUCGAUUUGAACAAUUACGUUGUUCAUCAUCAAUCUCCUCUGAUCUUCAACAACGGAUUAGUGAACAGAUGCGUAAAUGUGAAGCAUUUGAUCAAUUUUUACAAGCCAAAUUUCCGACGUUGAAACGUUACAGUGGCGAAGGAGCUGAGGGCAUGAUGGCUUUUUUCGACUUAGUAUUUCAACAGUCUACUCAACUGAAUAUCGAAAAUGUCAUUGUUUGCAUGCCUCAUCGAGGUCGAAAUAAUCUUCUUGUAUGCUUACUCAAUUAUCCAGCUGAGACAAUGUUUCGAAAAAUAAAAGGCAAACGUGAAUUUCCCAAAGAUGCGAAAUCGACCGGCGACGUUCUCUCGCAUCUUUAUACAUCGACGGAUUUGACUUAUGAUGGCAAAACACUUCAUGUUUCACUUAUUCCUAAUCCAUCGCAUUUAGAAGCCAAUAAUCCUGUUGCUGUUGGAAAAACUCGGGCAUGUCAAUUAUCAUUGAAAGAUGGUCAUUAUGCUGACUCAGACAAUGCUGGACGACAUGGGGAUAAAGCUUUGUGUAUUCAAGUUCAUGGCGACGCAUCAUUUGCUGGACAGGGCAUUAUUCCUGAAACAUUUCAAUUGAGUCAUCUCCCACAUUAUUCGAUAGGAGGAAGCAUUCAUCUUGUUACGAAUAAUCAAAUCGGUUAUACAACACCUCAACAUUUAGCACGUUCAUCACGCUAUUGUACGGAUUUCGCUAAAGUCGUCAAUUGUCCAGUGAUUCACGUUAAUGGUCAAUGUCCACAAGAAAUUGCGCAAGCUGUUCAAUUAUCAUGUGAAUAUCGUGAUCUUUUUCGUAAGGACAUUGUUGUCGACUUGGUUUGUUUUCGCAAACACGGUCACAAUGAACUGGAUGAUCCAACAUUUACUCAACCUUCAAUGUAUAAAAAAGUGCAAGAAUUUUAUCAACAGGAGCAACAUGCCGAUAAGGAAUUAGAUGACAAAAUUCAGGCGUUUCGAAAACAUUUAGAAGAGCAAUUUGCCAAUGCGGAUGCGUAUCAGCCAAAAGCACCGCAUCUCGAACGGCAAUGGUCUGGUAUCAUUCAAGCAAGAUUGACUCGAUCUCAAUGGAAUACCGGACUUGAUCAGAAUUUGUUGAAAUACAUUGGUGCUAAAUCUGUCGCUGUACCUGAAGACUUUCACGUGCACUCAACAAUUGCUCGAUCACACGUACAAAAACGACAACAGCGUAUCGAAGCUGGUACGGGCUUAGAUUGGUCAACAGCUGAAGCACUCGCAUUCGGAUCCUUACUUCUCCAAGGUUAUAAUAUUCGUAUAAGUGGUCAAGAUGUUGGUCGAGGAACUUUCAGUCAACGGCACGGCAUGCUUGUAAAUCAAAAAGACGAUGAUGUUUAUAUUCCAUUGAAUGCAAUGGAUUCUAAGCAAGGCUUUCUUGAAAUUUGUAACAGUAUUCUUUCUGAAGAAGCAGUACUUGGUUUUGACUACGGUUUUAGUAUUCAUGAUCCAAAGAAUCUCGUUAUAUGGGAAGCUCAAUUCGGUGAUUUUUUUAACGGUGCACAAAUUAUUAUUGAUACUUAUAUCAGCGGUGGUGAACUAAAAUUUCUGACACAAUCCGGUAUUGUCAUGUUAUUGCCACACGGCAUGGAUGGUGCUGGACCGGAACAUAGUAGUUGUCAUAUCGAACGAUUUUUACAGAUGACAGACAGUAAAGAAGAUGGCAUUGAUGGUGACGAUGUCAAUAUGCAAAUUGUCAAUCCGACUACACCUGCUCAAUAUUUUCAUCUGUUACGACGUCAGAUGAUACGAAACUUUCGUAAACCAUUGAUUGUCGCCGGACCAAAAAUUCUACUUCGUCAUCCUGACUGCGUUUCUUCGUUGGCAGAAAUGAGCGACAGUACGCAUUUCUUACCUGUUCUAACCGAUAAUAUCUCUAAAACAAAAAUCAAUCCGGAAAAGGUUCGUCGUGUUCUAUUUACUAGCGGAAAGCAUUAUUACACAUUGAAUGAUGAACGCGAAAAACGAAAACGAGAUGAUGUGGCCAUUGUCCGUCUCGAAGAGCUGUGUCCAUUCCCUGCCGACGAAUUGCGACAAGAAACGAAGAAGUACAAAAACGCCAAGGAAUUCAUCUGGUGUCAAGAAGAGCAUCGCAAUCAAGGUGCUUGGGUUUUCGUUAAAUCAAGAUUUGAAAACAUCGUGGGAAUUCAUCUCAAAUAUGCUGGCCGCGAUGUCCUCGGUACACCCGCUGUCGCUAUUGGCGAAGUUCAUCAACAAGAGUGUGGUCAAAUUUUAAAACUUGCAUUCGACUAA